CGUCGCGACGCCCAUACGAACGACCAAGCCACCACUGUCGAGGCGGCGCCGGCACGCGAAUUUCAUUCUCUCUCCAUUCUCACGAAUUUACGGCUUACGGUCAGUGUUAAAACCAACGGUAUAACGGCAAAAUGUCUUCCUCAGUCGCGAGGACUUCAAAGUACACCUACAGAUCAACCGGAGGCGCUGCAAAUGCGGACGUCAGCAUCGAAUACAGUGCCGAUCUUAGCGCCCUGUCCAGGCUUGAGGAUAAGAUCCGCCUGCUGCAGGACGACCUCGAGAUCGAGAGGGAGCUCAGGUCGCGGAUUGAAAGGGAAAAAGCCGAUUUAAGCGUUCAAGUAAUCCAACUCACCGAGCGUUUGGAGGAAGCUGAAGGCGGUUGUGAGACUCAGUUUGAAAUUAAUAAGAAGCGCGAUACUGAGCUUUUAAAACUUCGCAAAUUGCUCGAAGAUGUUCAUAUUGAGUCCGAGGAGACCGCAGCCAUCCUCAAGAGGAAACAUCAAGAGAUCGUCGUUGACUUCCAGGAGCAAAUCGACGUCCUCAGCAAGGCCAAGUCGAGGGCAGAAAAAGAAAAGGCCAAAUUCCAAGCAGAAAUUUACGAACUCCUCGCUCAAGUUGAAUCGGUCAACAAAGAGCGUCUCAUUUCCGUUAAGCACGCUGAAAAAUUGGAAGUAACAAUCAGCGAAAUCAACAUCAAGAUCGAAGAAUUAAACCGCACAGUGGUCGACAUCACCACCCAUAAAGCUCGCCUUGCCCAAGAAAACAUCGAGUUGGUUAAAGAAGUUCAAGAUCUCAAGGUUACUUUGGAAAACGCUAAUUACUUAAAAUCCCAAUUAGCGGGACAAUUAGAAGAUGCUCGUCGCCGCGCUGAAGACGACGAAAGGAGGCGCGCUCUCCUCGAGGCCAAUCUCCAUCAAGUCGAGGUCGAAUUGGAAUCCGUCCGAGUCCAAUUGGAAGAGGAGAGCGAAGCCCGUUUAGACUUGGAACGUCAAUUGGUGAAAUCCCAAGGUGAAGUCCAAGUCUUUAGGACAAAAUACGAAGCGGAAUGCCACGCGCACGCCGAAGAAGUCGAAGAACUCCGUCGCAAAUACACCGCAAGAAUCACCGAGCAAGAAGAGCACAUCGAAGCUUUAUUGGUGAAAAUCAACAACCUCGAAAAACAAAAAUCCCGCUUACAAUCCGAAGUUGAAGUGCUCAUCAUCGAUUUGGAAAAAGCCAACAACACCGCAAGAGACCUACAAAAACGCGUCGAUCAAUUGGAAAGAGUCAACUUGGACUUGAAAUCGCGUCUCGAUGAAACCCUCCAAAUGUUCGAGCAAAGUCAACGCGACCUUCGCAUCAAAAUCACCGAGAUCCAACGUAUCACGCAUGAAUUGGACAAAACUCGCGAACAAAAAGAUGCUCUUGCACGCGAAAAUAAAAAACUGACAGAUGAUUUCAACGAAGCUCGCAACACCAUCACCGAGCUUACAAGACGCCUCCACGAACUUGAAAUUGAGUUGCGCCGUCUUGAGAAUGAACGCGAAGAGCUUACCGCUGCUUAUAAAGAAGCUGAAGCUGGACGCAAAGCUGAAGAGCAACGCUCUCAAAGAAUGGCUUCUGAAUUUAAUAUGUUCCGCCAUGAAGCCGAGAAGAGACUGCAAGAGAAGGAUGAAGAAAUUGAAGCAAUUCGCAAACAAACAAGCAUUGAAAUCGAACAAUUAAAUGCUCGCGUAGUCGAAGCUGAAACUAAAUUAAAGAGCGAAGUAGCCCGCAUCAAGAAGAAGCUUCAAAUCCAAAUCACAGAACUCGAAAUGUCUUUGGACGCUGCCAAUAAAACCAACAUCGACCUCCAAAAAACCAUCAAGAGACAAUCCUUAACCCUCACCGAACUCCAAGCCCAUUAUGAUGAAGUCCAACGUCAAUUAUCAGUCACUUUGGAUCAACUCAGCGUCUCCCAAAGAAGAGUACAAGCCCUUACUGCUGAAGUUGAAGAAAUUAGAGGCAAUUAUGAAUCUGCUCUCCGUAGCAAGAGGGCCGUUGAACUCCAAUACGAAGAAUCAAUUUCACGCAUUAACGAACUCACAACGAUUAACGUUAACUUGGCUUCCGUCAAGAGUAAGAUUGAACAAGAAUUAUCGGCCAUUGCUGCCGAUUACGACGAAGUCACCAAAGAACUUAGGAUUUCCGAUGAACGCUACCAACGCGUACAAGUUGAGAUCAAGCACACCACUGAACUUCUCCACGAAGAACAAGAACGUGUCGUUAAGAUCGAAGCCAUCAGGAAAGCUCUGGAAAUUGAAGUCAAGAAUUUGUCGGUCAGAUUAGAAGAAGUCGAAGCUAACGCUAUCGUUGGCGGAAAACGCAUCAUCGGCAAAUUGGAAGCUCGCAUCCACGACAUGGAAUUGGAAUUAGACGAGGAGAAGAGACGUCACGCUGAAACUAUUAAGAUCUUGCGUAAGAAGGAACGUAGCGUGAAGGAAUUCAUGAUUCAAUGUGAGGAGGACCAGAAGAAUAUUCAAAUUUUGCAGGAAUCUUUGGAGAAGACCAACCAGAAAGUUGUUUUGUUCAAGAGACAACUUCAAGAACAGGAGGGAGUUUCGCAACAAAGUGUAACUAGAGUCCGUCGCUUCCAACGCGAAUUGGAGGCCGCUGAAGAUCGUGCCGACACCGCCGAAAGUAGCUUGUCUCUCAUCCGCGCCAAGCACCGCACCUUCGUAACCACAAGCACAGUUCCCGGUUCUCAGGUGUACCUUGUCCAGGACACCCGAACAGCUGAAUACUAAACUGCCGCUAGAAUCCAGAAUUUAAUUAUUUUUUAUUUUAUUUUCUUGCACGUGUAUAUUAAUUAAUUAUUUACAAUUUACUGUUAUCUCAAGUGUAUAAUUAUUACUACCGUAUUACAAUAUUGUUAACUGUUAUAAACCACUCCCUUUCGACCUCUUCAAACCUCUCUUCAAACCCAGCAAGCUCUACAAACCUUUUUAGUUUCAUGCCCGAGUAACACCGUUGAUUUUCGUUACUAUUAUUAUUAUGACCUUUUCUUUCCUCCAUCAUUCGCCCAACGUAGGACAAAGUCCGACGCCCCCCACGUUGGUUUGUCAAAAUCGACACGUUCUUUUCCGUCUCUUAACAUCAUUAUCCCAAUUGACACUUCAAUGAACGUGGUGAACAAAAAUCAACAUGGAUGUAACAAUGUUACGCUAUGAGACGACGCAACGAGAUUCUAGGUUUCUGUUAUGUACAUUAACUAUUAUGAAAUGAAGGCAAGGUACUUGUGUAAAAUGUAAGUUUGAAUGUAAUGUAUAAGAAAUAAAUAAACUGCUUGUAUACAA